GGAAGAAAACAAGAUGGCGGCCACAACGUGUCGAGUACAACGACUUUUAACAUCAAAUAUUCUGGCCUCAAGCUACAGAUCCUUGUCUUCGAGAUUAUCAAAUAUAUCAAAGAAUACUCAGGCUUUGAAAAGAUGUGCAUCAACGUUUUCUUAUGUCCCCGAAAAGGCGGAUCCUUCCCUCGGGGAGACGAAAAAAAUUAAUUUAUUCCAGGCUUUAACUGAUGCUAUGGAUAUAGCGCUAGAUACAGAUCCUUCAGCAGUAAUUUUUGGUGAAGAUGUGGCAUUUGGUGGUGUUUUCCGAUGUACAGUAGGUCUAAGAGAGAAACAUGGCAAGGAUAGAGUCUUCAACACUCCUCUGAGUGAGCAGGGUAUUGUCGGGUUUGGCAUUGGAUUGGCUACAGCUGGGGCAACAGCCAUUGCUGAGAUUCAGUUUGCUGAUUACAUCUUCCCUGCCUUUGAUCAGUUGGUGAAUGAGGCAGCUAAGUUUAGAUAUCGUUCUGGUAAUUUAUUUGACUGUGGUGGUCUAACAGUGCGGGCUCCCUGUGGUGCUGUAGGGCACGGAGCUCAUUAUCAUUCCCAGUCUGUUGAGAGUUUCUUUGCUCAUGUCCCUGGACUCAAGGUUGUCAUUCCCAGAGGUCCGAUCCAAGCCAAAGGACUGUUACUGGCCGCCAUCAGGGAUCCCAACCCUGUUGUAUUCUUUGAACCAAAAAUACUUUACAGACAAUCAGUUGAAGAAGUUCCAGUCAAAGACUAUAUACUGCCACUAUCACAAGCUGAAAUUUUACAAAAAGGAACAGACUUAACACUUGUCGGCUGGGGUACCCAGGUGCACGUGCUACAAGAGGUGUCCAAGAUGGCCCAGGAUCAGCUGGGUGUCAGCUGUGAAUUGAUUGAUUUACGAACCAUCAUGCCAUGGGAUAAGGAGACUGUCAUCCAGUCAGUAAUGAAGACUGGCAGACUACUUGUAGCUCACGAAGCAUGUCACACUGGAGGAUUUGGUGGUGAGAUUUCCAGUACCAUCCAGGAAAACUGUUUUCUGUCUCUUGAGGCCCCAGUUCAGAGAGUUUGUGGUUGGGACACACCUUUUCCUCACAUAUUAGAGCCAUUUUAUCUGCCUGACAAGUGGAGAUGCUUUGAAAGUGUCAAGAAAGUCAUGAAUUACUAAACUUUAAAACUUUAAAUGGAUAAACUUCUGAACGCAAAACUGUGUGGUGCUUCUGGGGAAAUUCAGUCUUCUGUGACUGUAAGGGUUGUUAGAUGGAGUGUUGUGUGACAAUGCUAACAGAGGCAAUUGUAGACUAGGAAUCCCAUGAAACAUUGCUACAGUGUGACUUGUUCAGAAGGCAAAUAACACAGAAAAAAUACAUCAUUAUUUAAAAAGU